GUGCAGUCUAUGGAGGGGUCUAUGGUACAGAGAAACUGGGACUGAUUACUGAGAGUUAACUCUUAUACGCAUGGAUCCUUUCACUUGCGUUUUCUCACAUUUGAAUUUUACACCGUGGAUGGAGAAGGAUCGUAACUCAACAAAGCUAUAGACCCGUGUUUGUGCAAACCAUGAUGCUCCACUUUUCCUGGCCCGUCCUGGGGAAUACCGUCUUAUUUCAAUACCAUCUUGCGAAGCAUCGCUAAGGAAACGUGGUGCACUGGUUGUCAUGAAAGGUAUGUGAAGGCACGGUUAGGUGGUAUCACAUGUAAUAGCCAAUGUAACGUCACAAACUGCCCUGUGAAGUUUUUUCUUAUGAGAAAACCUCCCUCCUAUGCCACCUUGCAGAAGGUCACCGGGAAGAGAGUCUGGAUUUUAAGGAGGAUCAUAAGGGUCGUGCAAUGCAAGUCAACGUGCCACUUGAUAUACGCAGUUCGACUCAGUGUGUGAGCCACCUCCAGGGGCCCAUUCUGAGAUGGCAGAGACCUUGUGCACUGUGAACAUGUUCACCAGAAUCAUGGCAAGGGAGAAUGGGAGAAACAUUAGCCCUUCCAAAAUAAGGAACGAGGAUACGGUGAAGAUCAGGGAUGAUGUUAAGCAGAUGAAAGAUUCCCAUACGUAUGGUACAUUCCUGGAAAUCAGCAACAUUAUUGCUCAUCGCGAUGCCAUUACGGCACAUAUUAACAAGGGAGAGGCAGAGAUAGCCAUGCUGGAGAAAGGUGCAGGUGGAAUAUGCCCCAGCAGCAAGCCCAUAUAUCCUCAAGUUCGGCUGGUGCUCCCGUCGUUCCCGGACUGUGACCCUACGAUUGCAUUUACCGUUCUUCCGUACUCUCAGACGGACGGAGGUGAUGACAAACUUGUCGAUCUUUGUGACCUGCCACGCCCCAGGGUAAAAUUUGUGGGGAUUGGCAACAACGCGGUGAAGACUGCAUUCAAGGUAGCAGGCUUCAAAAGAACCAAGAACAAUAAUUGGCAGGCGUUGUGGAGCGGAGGAUCUUUAAAGACGGAGUACUUCAAGCAGCUCAACGCGUAUCAAAAGGUUAACCAUUUCCCAGGAACCUGGGAGGUUGGUAGGAAGGACAAACUGUACAGUCAUAUUGCCUAUAUGAAGCGACGACAUCCAGAGGACUUCAAUUUCCUUCCGCGAUUCUUUGUGCUUCCCAAAGAUUCUCGGGACUGGUUCAUUGAUUUUGAGAGACAGCCACAGGUGUGCUACAUAGUGAAACCGAAAAAUUCUUCUCGUGGUAGGGGAGUGCAUCUUCUCCGGAAGCCAGCAGAGCUCCAGCAGGGAAAGGAGUGCAUUGUGCAGCACUACAUCAUCAAUGCUGCAUUGAUUGAGGGUUACAAGUAUGACCUUCGCUUGUAUGUUGUAGUGACUUCUUUCGACCCUCUGCGUGUGUACCUCUACAAAGAGGGCCUUGUCCGUUUUGCAACUGAGAAGUUUACGCUCGAUCACAAAGGUUUGAGGCAGAAAUUUGCCCACGUAACCAACUACAGUGUGAACAGGAAAAACAGCAAGUUUCAGCAGAAUCAGCACUCCUAUCAAGAUGGUCAUGGUUCCAAGUGGAGUCUCUCUGCGCUGCAAAAGUACUUGGCAUCUCAGGGAGUUCCGUUUGGUCCCAUCUGGAACCAAAUCUGCGACAUUGUGCUGAAGACAAUGAUUGCAGUGGAGCCUCAAAUUAGCACUCUUUGCCAGCUGUAUGUACCGAACAGAUGCUGCUGCUACGAACUGUAUGGAUUUGACAUUGUGUUGGAUUCAAGUUUCAAGGCCUGGCUGUUGGAAGUCAAUACAGGACCAGCAUUGCAGUGUCCCACAGCACUCGACAGACACAUAAAGUAUAGAAUGGUGGCAGAUAUGCUACACUUAAUAGGCUUUGUGCCAUUCAACAGGGAGAAGUUCAAGCAGCAGGAGGAGGCCCUAAGGCAAGCAAGGCUGAUGCGAGGCAGCAUAUUUGUCAAAGGAAAACGGUCAACGGUUAAGAGCUUGGAUUCAGUACAAUAUACUAGCAUGGUGGGACCAGACCUACCUUUUGUCAUUCAAGAGGGAGAAAGUGAGUUUAUUAGACGAGGACAAUUUGAACGUCUAUACCCCAGGGAAGACUGGGAGAGGUAUGGAAACCUUUUUGAGGUGCCCCGAUACAACAAUAUCUUGUACUGUCGUUGGUUGGAGGCCCACUCAGGCUCAAGCGCAAGAGAGUAUGAUGGCUUGAAGAAAGAUGAAUGAGUUAUUCACGUGUCCCCCUCAGAGUGCUCUGGAUGACCAUCAUGUUCCACUCGGCAUGACUUUGUGAUCCUUGAGCUGCUGACAGAACUGUUGAUUCACCGCCAGGCCUCAAAACCCAUCCAAUUUGUAAUCUUAAGGGCUUGAAAAUAAAAGUUUAAUAAAUGUUAAACCACCCC